AUGGAGGGGAACUUUGUUUUGGCGGUUUUGUUGGUUGGUGUGCUAAUAGUCAGUGAGAAUGCGGAAGGGAGGAGAGUAGUAGUGGAGGAGGAGAAGAAGGGUGCGGAAGUGAAGAAGCCGGAGUGGUUUUUUGAUGGUUUUCCCGGUUGGGAUGGUGGCGGUGGAGGUGGAGGGGGCUUCAGUGGGGGUAAAGGGUUGAGUUUCGGCCACUCUUUUAGUUUUGGAAAGGGAUUUGGUUAUAGCUUUGGUAAUGGGAAACCUGGCAUUGGUUUUACAAAGCCUGAUUGUAUUGGGAAAGGCGACGUUGGGGGCGGCAUUGGUGGUGGGGGUGGAGCUGGAGGUGGAGUAGGUGGUGGCGGUGGGUUUGGUGGUGGUGGUGGUGGCGGAGGUGGAGUUGGUGGGGGUGGAGGAAUAGGUGGUGGUGGAGGAAUUGGAGGAGGAAGUGGUGGUGGUGGUAAAAAACACAAGAAGAAAGAUAAAGGUCAUCAUGAAGGUGGUAGUGGAAUUGGGGGAGGCAUUGGGAAACGAGUUGGCGGUGGAGGAGGAGUAGGUGGUGGUGGGGGUGUUAGAAAGGGAAUAGGAGGAGGAAUUGGUGGCGGAGGGGGUGCUGUUGGAGGCAUUGGCAAAGGAGCAGGAGGAGGAAUUGGUGGUGGAGGGGGUGCUGGUGGAGACAUUGGCAAAGGAGCAGGAGGAGGAAUUGGUGGUGGGGCAGGUGGAGGAACUGGCGGUGGGGCAGGUGGCGGUGCUGGUGGUGGAUUUGGAGGAGGCAUAGGUAAAGGAGUUGGUGGCAGAAUUGGUGGUGGAGGUGGCGGAGGUGGUGGCUUUGGGGGAGGAAUAGGGAAAGGAAUAGGUGGUGGAGGCGGUGCUGGAGGAGGUUUUGGUGGCGGAUUUGGUGGCGGUAGUGGCUCUGGCAGUGGCGGGGUAGGUGGUGGAGGAGGAGGAGGAGGAGGAGGAGGUGGUGGUAUAGGUGGUGCAGGCAUUCAUAAUGAAAGUAAAGGAUUAGAAAAUCAAAAUGAUGUUGGCAAAGCAGAGGGUGGCAAACUUGGCCAUGGGACAACAAAGCCAUGA